CCUGUUGGGUCAAUCACCACAUGGGAUAUGAUGGCUCAAAAAUUUUUAAGUAAGUUUUUCCCUCCUGCUAAAACUGCUAAGAUGCGUAACGAUAUUGCUACUUUUGUGCAGCUGGAUAUGGAGUCAUUAUAUGAGGCAUGGGAGAGAUACAAAGAGCUACUUAGGAAGUGUCCACAUCAUGGUCUACCUAUAUGGUUACAGGUACACACUUUUUAUAAUGGUUUAUUUCCUAAUAAUCGUACCAUGCUUGAUGCUGCUGCUGGAGGAUCAUUAAUGAGUAAACAUGCUGAUGAGGGUUAUAACCUCAUAGAGGAGAUGGCUUCAAAUAGUUAUCAAUGGGGUUCGGAAAGAUCACACACUAAGAAAAAUGCUGGGAUUUAUGGGGUUGAUGCUUUUACUGCUUUGACAGCACAAAUUGAGGCUUUAAACCAAAAAUUAACUAGGAUGAAUGUCUCAACUAUACAAGCCACAAGCAUUAAUUGUGACUUGUGUGGGGGAGCACAUCCUAGUUCUGAAUGUCUAGAAGGUAAUUCUUUUAUUUCUUCAUCUGAACAUGCUAAUUUUGUUGGUUUUAAUAAGCAGCAAAAUAAUCCAUACUCCAAUACAUAUAAUCCGGGAUGGAAGAAUCAUCCAAAUUUUUCUUGGAGUAACAACCAAAAUAUAGUAAAGCAGCCUCCAGGAUUUCAGCAACCACUUGAGAAAAAGUCAGAUUUGGAGGAUUUGUUAAAAAAAUACAUUGCGGUUAAUGAGUCAAGGUUUCAAAGUCAAGAAACAGCAACCAAGAGCUUGGAAGCUGCAGUCCAGAACCAAGGGGCAUCAAUUCGGAAUUUAGAGGUUCAGGUAGGUCAAUUGGCAAGUGUAGUUUCUGGAAGAGCACAAGGAGCAUUACCAAGCAGUACUGAAAAAAAUCCUAAGGAACAAGUGAAAGCUGUAACAUUGAGAAGUGGGAAGCAAAUUGGAGAUGAAGAGAGCUCAGACAAUGAGGGUGAAAAAGAGAAGGCUCCAACGGAAGAGAAAAAAUCUGAAGAAGUCAAGCCUUAUGUGCCUCCAAUUCCUUUUCCACAUAGAUUGAAGCAACAAAAGCUAGAUAAGCAAUUUGCUAAGUUUCUAGAUAUUUUUAAGAAAUUGCAUAUUAACAUUCCUUUUGCAGAUGCUUUAGCUCAAAUGCCUAGCUAUGCUAAAUUCUUAAAGGAGAUCUUAUCUAACAAGAGGAAAUUGGAAGAGUAUGAGACUGUGAAACUCACUGAAGAAUGUUCUGCAAUUCUUCAGAAUAAGCUUCCCCCAAAGCUAAAAGAUCCAGGGAGUGAAACAAGACUUUUACAAUUGAAUGAAAUGGAUGAGUUUCGCCAUGAAGCUUAUGAGAAUGCCAAAAUUUAUAAAGAACGCACUAAAAAGUGGCAUGACAAACACAUUCUGAAGCGUGAGUUUGCUGUUGGUGAUAAAGUGUUGCUUUAUAACUCUCGGCUUAGACUUUUUCCAGGGAAAUUAAGAUCCAGAUGGUCAGGUCCUUUCAUGGUGACAAGAAUUUUCCCUUAUGGUGUGGUGGAAGUAUCUCACGAUACAAAGGGCACAUUUAAAGUGAAUGGUCAAUUGUUAAAACCCUACAUGGAUGGCGGAUACAACAAGCAUGUUGAAGCAUUUCAACCCAAGUUUCACCUUCCAGUGUUCAACUGCUCAUAUGGGGAAGUUUUUCUUCUACUUACAAUACAUUGAAAAUGAUGAUAACUUGAGUUUGGGGGUUUUAAUUUGUUUUUGGCUGUUCAAUAUCUAUUUACUGUGCUUGAUUCUGCUUUUACCAUUGUGGAUUUUAAUUAACAAGGAAAUUCCUUGCUACUGAAAUUUGGUAAUAGAGCUCUCAUUUCAUGACACUGGGUUAAUUGUUAUGCCCUGCUUAUUGUUAGCAUUGUUUUUGACAUGAAAUUGAAGGUGUUUGGGUUGAAUAUU